AUGGCAGCUGAUAGUUCUCCACCUGCUUCUUCUUCUUCUUCUUCUUCUUCUUCUUCUUCUUCUUCUUCUUCUUCUUCUUCUUCUUCUUCUUCUUCUUCAGCGAAUUCCUCCAAGACUCGGAGUCGGAGUAGUACUACUAAGUGCCUCCUCUGCUCGCCGGCGAAGGACCCAGGCGGCCUGUUCCACUGCAGGCGCUGCCUCAAGGACCGGUCGAAACGCAGGCGAAGGAGGCGGGCAAGAAAGGCGAAGAAGGAGCUCACGCUGAGUGCCUUCCUGCAGCGGAUCAUCAAGCCGCCGAGUCGAGAUGAGAAGCGGCGGAAGAAUUUCCGGCCCACGCCGUCACAGGUUGCGGACUCUAGCGGUGGCGGCGGCCAAGGGAAUAAGUGUUUGAGGGCGACGAGAAUCGGCAUGAGGAAAGUGUCAAUUUGGAGAGAGUCGGCGGAGAGGUCAGUUUGGUAUAAGCUCCAGGUGGAAGAAAAGCACAAGAGAUGGUCCAUCCUGUUGAGUGAGACGCAUAUAGCGUGGCUCCAGGGAGUUUUGCAGAUCGCAGCGACGAGGAGUUGGAACUUCCCCAAAGGGUGUAUCAAGAGAAGCGGAGAUCGUAUUAUUCAUGUGGGGAAGGUUACCUCUAACCGAAGAUCGAUACUGCAAAUUUCGGAACAGGUGAAGAGUGGUAGGGUGUUCAAGGUCCUUAUUCCGUCCUUGGGAAGGGAAGACGGAUGGUCGCGGGUUAUCUUCCUUCUCCAGGAUUUCUUCAAGGCCGAACGCAACUUUGCAGAGGCACCGAUGAUUAACAGGGUGAGCGCGCAACCACCCCUGCUACCUCCUCGCCCUGCUACACUGCUUUCCUAUGCGGAGGUGGUCAAGGGAAAUGGUUUCUAUGGUGCGGGAAGAUGUGAUAUCAAAGGGUCAGGGUCUGAUAGAUUCAUUGAGGUCGGUGAUGCUGGGAUUCGAGAAAGGCGGGAAUUGCUGGGUAGAAGUUUGGUCAUCAAGUUUUCAUCAUCGAACAAAGAUGUCUUCUCCUCUGCUCUUGUUCCAGAAUUCAGACAAUGGGCACGCCAUAAUUGGGAUGCAAAUGACAACUAUAGUUUUGAAGACCUCGGCAAUGGGAAUUGGCUCCUCGUCUGUCCAAGUUUUCAGCUGGCUUUGAGAAUCCAGAGUUUCAGUCAAUGUAUGUUCAAGAACUUUUCGGUGGAUAUUUCCUUUUGGAAAGAAAACGUAGAUCUUUCAGGACCUGACCCGGAUGAUGUGGUAUGGGUGUGGGUUUACGGCAUCCCACUUCAUCUCAAGAGCGUGACCCUCAUCCAAACCAUUGGAAAUUUUUGCGGCUCGUUGGUGGAAAUUGACUGGAACUCUUGGAGCUCCAAUUUUAUUAGAAUCCGAAUCCGCUGCGAUGAUGAACUCCCUUCGCAUGUGCCUGUGUGCCAUGGAUCUAACAGGUUCGAGAUUCAAAUUUUGCUGCCGCCGGUGCAUUUCGGCGACGCCCCUCAGGCGGCUCCCCAUCUGGGGUGGAAGACGAAGCGCCUUCCUCGGGGCCCUACAGGCGUGCAUGGGAAUCUAAGCUGCAUGGGGGCCGUCCCCUCUUCUCCUCAGAACACGCGCAGAAAGGGGCUCGAGAAGAAUCGAUCUGUGAAGAAGAUUUGGGUCAGGAAGUUUGGGCCAUGGCCCAACCCGAGUCCUCCUGGCCCAUUAGCUAUUAUGUCCCAUUCAGAGCGGGCGCCUCCGUUAAAUCUGGGCCCGGUUGCCCACUGUAAUGAGCCUGGAAGCUGCAGUCCAGGCCUGAGUCUGCACCCUGACCCGGUCAUCUCGAUCCUAACCCUCUUCUCGUGGGGUUCAGGCUUGCGGCCCAACAUUUCCCCUCCCUUGCAAUGCCAAUUCCUUGCCGCCAUUCACCUUCCAGAAUGGGGAGUGAGCCUUGCUUCCUUCAACUCAGCUUCUUCUUCCUUCCCCCACCUCUUCUCUGACCGAUCAUCCCUUCAUAGCAAUCCCCCCCACCAUACAUACUUUCUCGUUAAAACCCCCCAUCCCAACACCAAUCCUACCAAUCUUACCAAUCUUUCGACCUUCUUGCCAAGUCCCUUACCCGAACCUUCUCCCUCUACCUCUGGCCUUUCUUCCCAACCUGCCUUACCCCUUCUGGGUCACCAGCCCUCCCCUACCCCUACCCCCACCUACUCUCCGCCUUCUUCCCCCCAACCAGACUCCAACUUUCUUUCUGAACUCCCCUCUCCGUCUUGCGUGCAAGAUAGCCAAGCCAUGGAUCGAGAUUUGGAAUCUUUCCCCUUUGAUGUUGGAACUCUGGAACAGGCUUGCAUCCGGGUUGGGGGUAUCUUUAAUUUGGGCCAUGAAGAUGGACAGGAGAUCUCUGAUAAUAUUAUCAUCGAGACGGCGAGGAGCACACAUCAGAGGAAGAUUCGGACCUCUAGGUCCAGGCUCGAAAUGGAGGAGCGCCGGUUGGGGCCUAUUGCACCCCCUGUUACUUUUUCUCCAGGAGAUCUCGUGGAGACAGAAAUCCAAAGAAUUGUGGUUGAGACUUGGGGACAGCAACACGAACUUUUUCCACAGGGCAGCUAA